GGGGUGUCGGAUUGGUGCAUCAGACGUGAGAAGAGAAGGAUGUAAUACACUCAACAUAUCUCAACAUACGCUCCAUUCCCAUUGGAACUUGAACAUGGACCUUUGGAAGACGAUGUUCCUUUUACGAACCAGUGGUUGUCAGGUUUCAUGCCAAUUUUCCAGGGCCUACAUGGCUCAACAUCAACUAAAGAUUUAUUCAAGACCGUUUAGCUGCGUAGGAGAUGUUUUUGUUUUUCAGAGUCCAUGUUUUCACCUGGUGGUGUCACUUCUUUGCAUUCCACACAUUUGCUUGGGGCAUCUUAGAGCUGAAGAAAUGGAUGCUGGACGCCUUUGAUUCUUGUGUUUGCCCCUUUCACUCUGGGCUCCAGCACUGGGGAUUUUGGGGCGUUGCAGCCGCGUGUUGACAGCCGGAAACGCGCCCGCACCGAUGGGGCGGCGAGGUGUGCUGCUCGGAGCCGUUCUUGCAGCUGGGUUGCUGCGGUCCAUAACGAUGGCCUUCUCGUUGGCCAGCAUCAGUGCAGCUGAAACUCAGGCCUCCAACUUGCUUUCUUCUUUGCAGAGCGGUGUUGGGCACGUCUUGCUCUUCACCAGCGUGACCUUCGUGCAGCUCAUCGUCCGCAUGAUUCCCGGCUUGGCCGUGCUCAUGCUCGGCUACGCAGGCUACAGGAUCUAUAGCACUGGUAGCUUCAACAAAAGCACAGUGCUUGGCUUGGUGGUGGCUCUAGGCCUCACCUACGGCCUCAUCCGCCUCGGUCAGCGCUUCGGCCCCGGCGCCGUCCGCGCGCCCCUCGCGCGCGACGCCGCGGGGCAGCCGGUGCGGAGCGGAGAGCUGGUUUUGAUGCAAAGCGGCGAGGUCGUUCUCAGACCUGACCCUCGACAAGCAGCUGGGAGCGCCGAGCCAGGCUGGCAGGAAGCUUUGGCGCAAAGCAUCCAGGUAGCUCUGGUGCAGGGACAGGAGCAGGUGGUGUUGGACUUCUCGCGGAAAGGCUGCGCCUACUGCGCCAAGCAGUUGCCCGUGCUCGAGGAGCUCAUCCGGGCGCGCGCGGCGGGUGCCUCGGCCGUGGCCGGCUCCGCCUUCGUGGGUGGCAACCUGGCACUGGCGCCGCUGAGGGUCUUCCUGCUGGAUGCGGAGGAGUUUCCUCAACUCGCGCAAGGCUUUCAGGUCCAGGCCUUUCCCACGCUGUGGAUCUUCGGGCAUCCGCAGGUGGACCCCAUUGUCACGCAGGGCUUUAUGGAACGACCCAAGCUGGAGGAGGUGUUGCAAAUCGAGGCCAUGAAGCGGCCCCCGAGACCACAGAAGAAGAAAGGGCUCCUGGGAAAGAUCUUCCGCUGACCGGGGGACAUCCAGUGGGAGAAGUGGGAUGGCCUUUUCUGGCGUUCUUCAUUUUGCGCAGAGCCCCACAUGAUCGGGUUGAUUGGCUGCACCAGCGCCAGAAGAGGCUUCACCUCCGGUGAUGCAGCGCCAAAGUGGCUCACUCCAAAGUGUCUCACUCGCGCAAAGUCUUCAUAAACAGUGUUUAUGGCUGUUCCAACAGCCGGAGGAGACUCCGCGAGUCCGCCCAGUGUUUUCGCUUUGCAGUACGUGGCAGUGUUGAUGGAUGUGAGUUUCGUGGCUUCGUGCGGCGCCGGAGUGUCUUCUCCGCAGCGGAUACAUGGUUCCACCGUGCGUUCCACCGUGCCGGUGUGGAUGUGAGUAAUGAGUUCGGGAUGAAUUGGAC